UAUCUCAUGUCCCCUGUUUCUCUUCUAGUGUAAGGGAGUGCUGCCAAGAGAAGAAACAGGACCCAGAGAGCAUUUCCUACUCCAUGUGGGUGACAGCUGUGCAAGGGACUAUCACUCGGGAUAGAAAAUGGAGUUCUAUAGCAGAGACUUCUUAGACGCAUAAGACCCUGUCCCGAUGACGUCAAAUUCGUCCGUUGGUUUAGAAGGCUCAGACCUGUCUUCCAUCAACACCAUGAUGUCAGCAGUAAUGAGUGUAGCGAGUGUCGCUGAGAAUGGUGGGAGCCCCCAGGGUGUCAAGUCCCCCAUAAAGCCUCCAGGACCAAAUCGGAUUGGCAGAAGGAACCAGGAAACGAAAGAGGAGAAGUCUUCCUACAACUGUCCCCUAUGUGAAAAGAUUUGCACCACCCAGCACCAGCUGACCAUGCACAUCCGUCAGCACAACACAGACACUGGAGGAGCUGACCACUCAUGCAGCAUCUGUGGGAAGUCUCUGAGCUCUGCCAGCUCCCUGGACCGGCACAUGCUGGUGCACUCUGGUGAAAGGCCUUACAAGUGCACAGUGUGUGGGCAGUCUUUCACCACCAAUGGGAACAUGCACAGACAUAUGAAGAUUCAUGAGAAGGACACGAACAGUACUGCAGCUGCAGCCCCUCCAUCCCCUCUGAAGCGUAGACGGUUGUCCUCCAAGAGGAAGCUGAGUCAUGAUGCUGAGUCAGAGAGAGAAGACCCAACACCAGCUAAAAAGAUGGUAGAAGAUGGGCAGUCAGGUGAUCUGGAGAAGAUGACCGGUGAAAUCUUUCACUGUCCAGUGUGUUUCAAGGAGUUUGUUUGCAAGUAUGGACUGGAGACCCACAUGGAGACCCAUUCAGAUAACCCAUUAAGAUGUGACAUUUGCUGCGUUACCUUCCGCACACACCGAGGACUACUGCGCCACAAUGCACUUGUCCACAAGCAGCUUCCCAGAGAUGCCAUGGGAAGACCGUUCAUCCAGAACAACCCUUCCAUUCCCGCUGGCUUCCAUGACUUAGGAUUUACUGACUUCUCCUGUAGGAAGUUUCCUCGAAUCUCUCAGGCCUGGUGUGAAACAAACCUACGAAGGUGCAUCAGCGAGCAGCACCGGUUCGUGUGCGACACCUGCGACAAGGCGUUCCCCAUGCUGUCUUCACUCAUCCUGCACAGGCAGACCCAUGUUCCUGCCGAUCAGGGACAGGAGAAGUUCCAGACCAAGACCCUAAGUGAUGAUACCCUGGACCAGAAGGCCUUCCUGGCCUUGCUGGGCCUGCAGCACACCAAAGACAUCAGGCCUGCCCCUGCCGAGGAGCUUCUGCCGGACGACAACCAAGCAAUACAGCUCCAGACACUCAAGUGUCAGCUACCUCAGGACCCUGGCUGCGCCAACGUGCUGAGUCUAUCUCCUUUUGAAGCUGCUUCUCUAGGUGGUGCUCUGACAGUCCUCCCAGCUACCAAGGAGAACAUGAAGCGCCUGUCCCUGCAGCCCUUCCAGAAGGGCUUCAUCAUCCAGCCGGACAGCAGUAUUGUGGUUAAGCCUAUUUCAGGAGAGUCAGCCAUUGAGCUGGCAGAUAUCCAGCAGAUUCUAAAAAUGGCAGCUUCAGCUCCUCCACAGAUCAGUCUUCCGCCACUUUCCAAGGCUCCCGCCACACCCCUUCAGGCAAUUUUCAAGCACAUGCCUCCUCUGAAGCCAAAGCCCUUGGUCACCCCCCGGACAGUGGUAGCCACCUCUACACCCCCACCUCUCAUCAAUGCACAGCAGGCAUCCCCAGGUUGUGUCAGCCCUAGCCUUCCUCCACAGUCCCUGAAGUUCCUCAAGGGACCAGUCGAGGCAGUCCCCAGUGCCCACCUGCUCCAGGCCAAGUCUGGGGUCCAGGUGAACACCACCAGCACACAGCUCUUCCUGCAGCAACCUGGAGUGGAGUUGCCAGGCCAGCCUGAGAUGAAGACGCAGCUGGAGCAGGACAGCAUCAUCGAGGCCCUGCUGCCCCUGAACAUGGAGGCGAAGAUCAAGCAGGAGAUCACCGAAGGCGACCUCAAGGCCAUCAUGACAGGUCCCAGCGGCAAGAAGGCCCCCGCCAUGCGCAAGGUGCUCUACCCCUGCCGCUUUUGCAACCAGGUGUUUGCUUUCUCUGGGGUUCUCCGAGCCCAUGUCCGCUCCCACCUGGGCAUCUCACCCUACCAGUGCAACAUCUGCGACUACAUCGCCGCCGACAAAGCCGCGCUCAUCCGUCACCUACGCACCCACAGCGGGGAACGACCUUACAUCUGCAAGAUCUGCCACUACCCGUUCACGGUCAAAGCCAACUGUGAGCGGCACCUGCGCAAGAAGCACCUCAAAGCCACCAGGAAGGACAUCGAGAAGAACAUAGACUAUGUGAGCAGCGGCACGGCGGAGCUGGUGGAUGCCUUCUGCUCCCCAGAGACUGUAUGCAGGCUGUGCGGCGAGGACCUCAAGCACUACCGUGCACUGCGGAUCCACAUGCGUACACACUGCAGCCGAGGCCUGGGUGGCUGCCACAAGGGCCGCAAACCCUUCGAGUGCAAGGAAUGCAACGCCGCCUUUGCGACCAAGCGCAACUGCAUUCAUCACAUCCUGAAACAGCACCUGCACGUGCCUGAGCGUGACAUUGAGAGCUAUGUGCUUGCAACAGACGGUGGCCUUGGCCUCACAGAUAUGCCCACAGAGGCCUCUGCCAGAGAAGAGGGCAGCUGCGUUGCUUUCGGUGAGUGCAAGCCCCUCGCCACUCUCCUGGAGCCCCAAAAUGGCUUUCUUCACUCGAACCCCACUCAGCCCCUGCCUUCCCACAUCUCUGUCAAGUUGGAGCCAGCCAGCAGCUUUGCAGUGGACUUCAAUGAACCCCUUGACUUUUCACAGAAAGGCCUGGCACUGGUCCAAGUGAAGCAGGAAAAUAUGUCGUCCCUGCUGAACUCUUCCUGCUCUGCCCUCUAUGACUGCUCCAUGGAGCCCAUUGACCUGUCCAUCCCCAAGAGUAUAAAGAAAGGAGACACGGACACAGCUGUACCCAGUGACGGCAAGAAACCAGAACCAGAAGCUGGGAAAGCCGAGCAGCUCUCUCCCUGCCCACCACCCUGCCCUACCUUGUCAGUGACUGUGGAGCCCAGAGGGAGCCUGGAAAACCCCACAGGCACUGCGGCGGCCGUCACCACAGCUGCCAACCUGGAACCCCCUGCUCAGCCCCUCCAGGGCUCGGUGCAGCUGGCUGUCCCCAUCUAUUCCUCAGCCCUCAUCAGCAAUCCAACCCUCUUGAGCAACUCUGCCCUCUUGAACAACCCAGCCUUGCUUAGGCCCUUACGUCCAAAGCCUCCCCUCCUCUUGCCAAAGCCCCCCAUGACAGAGGAGCUGCCGCCGCUGGCCUCCAUUGCUCAGAUCAUCUCAUCUGUGUCCUCGGCCCCUACUCUGCUGAAAACAAAGGUAGCCGACCCUGGGCCAUCCAUCACCAGCAGUAACACUAUGGCCACAGACAGCUUAGGAGGCUCUGUCCCCAAAGCUGCCUCCACCCCCACCGAUGUCACAACCUCUAAAGAACCCAGUGACCCACCCCCUACAGCCAGCAGCCCAGAGGAAGCUCUGCCCACUGAGCAGGGGCCGGCUACCUCAUCCAGGAAGAGGGGUAGGAAGAGGGGCACGAGAACCCGACCCCUUGCCAACAGUACUGGUGUGGACCUGGACUCCAGUGGGGAAUUUGCUAGCAUCGAGAAGAUGCUGGCCACCACAGACACCAACAAGUUCAGUCCGUUUCUGCAGACUGCGGAGGAUGACGCUCAGGAGGAGGUGGCUGGAGGCCCUGCAGACCACCACGGGCCCAGUGAUGAGGAGCAAGGAAGCCCUGCAGAAGACAGGCUGCUGAGAGCAAAGCGGAACUCUUACGCCAACUGCCUGCAGAAGAUCAACUGUCCCCACUGUCCUCGGGUCUUCCCUUGGGCCAGCUCCCUCCAGAGGCACAUGCUUACACACACUGGUCAGAAACCCUUCCCUUGUCAAAAAUGCGACGCCUUCUUUUCUACCAAAUCUAACUGUGAACGCCACCAGUUGCGCAAACACGGAGUUACCACCUGCUCCCUGAGAAGAAACGGGCUUAUUCCCCCAAAAGAGGGUGAUGUUGGAUCCCAUGAUAGCACAGACAGCCAGUCAGACACAGACACAUUGACCACCCCAGGUGAGGUGCUGGAUCUCACAGCACGGGAUAAAGAGCAGCCACCAUCAGAGGGAGCUGUGGAGAUCAGCCCAGUUACUCAGGACCUCUCUGUUAAAGAGGCCAAAGCAGAGGCAGCCCCUCCUGAGAAGGAGGAAGAAAGAGGAACUGAGGAGAACCCGGAGCCAGAGGAAGAGUGUGGCGUGGAAGAGAGCACCAGGGAUGCAGAUGCCCCAGAGGAAGACACAGCCAGCAACCAGAGCCUGGAUCUUGACUUUGCCAGCAAGCUGAUGGACUUCAAACUGGCCGAGAGCGAGGCCGGCACCGUGGACAGCCAAGGCUCAGCCCAGCAAGAGCAGAAGCAUAGCUGCAGUACCUGUGGGAAGAACUUCAAGUUCCUGGGCACCCUGAGUCGCCACAGGAAGGCACACAGCUGCCAGGAGCAGAAGGAGGAGAAGGAGGCGCCUUCAGUGGAGAAUGAGAGUGCUGGCAGAGCAGUAGAGGGGCCCUCGCCUUCGCCUGAGCCUGAGGAGAAACCUGCUGAAUCCCCACUGAUAGAUCCAACACCAGGAACCAGUGAGGCCUCUGUGGAGAAACAGAAUGAAGAGACAGAGGGUCCCUCUGAUGGGGAAGGCACAGCUGAGAAGAGGGGUGACGGUGACAAGAGACCAAAGACAGAUUCCCCCAAAAGCAUGGCCAGUAAGGCGGACAAGAGGAAGAAGGUUUGCAGUGUAUGCAACAAGCGCUUUUGGUCCCUUCAGGACCUCACCCGGCAUAUGAGGUCACACACAGGAGAAAGGCCAUACAAGUGUCAGACCUGUGAGCGAACCUUCACCUUAAAGCACAGCCUAGUUCGACACCAGAGGAUCCACCAGAAAGCGAGGCACAGCAAGCACGGGAAGGACAGCGACAAGGACGAGCGGGCUGAGGAGGACAGUGAGGAUGAGUCCACCCACAGUGCUAACAACCCUGUCUCAGAGAAUGAGGCGGAAUCCGCUCCCAGCACCAGCAACCAUGUGGCCAUCACCAGGAGCCGGAAAGAGAGCUUGGCCAAUUCUGGGAAGGAUUGUAGCCAGGAAGAGAAGGCUGCAGCAGAGCGGGCAGCUGAGCCCAGCCACAGCGCCCCCAAGGAGCAGGUGUCUCCAGGUGACACAGACCCCCAGAGCCCAGCAGCCAUUGUGCAAGACUUGCUGGAGCUGUGUGGCAAGAGGCCCGCCCCAAUCCUGGCGGCCUCCGACAGUGCCUCGCAGCUCUUGGGGAUAGAAUGACAGCCUUCCCCGUCCUGUCAGCACACAGAGAAAGCUAGCAGAGCAUCCCGAAUAUAGAUUUCACAAAGUUUUCUCAGUGUCCUUCAGCUGUCUGGAGAGCGAGAGAGGAAAGAGGGCAAAAGAGAGACAGGCAGGCGUGCCGCCAACCAGCUCGUGCCAUACUAGCCUUACCCAGUGCGCAAGCACCCGGCCCCCCGGUGUGGCCGGCUCCAGUGCCUUAACUACUUACGGGUCCUCCCAUGUCACUGUGGGUGUGUCCCUCCCAAAAUGACUAUUUUAAUGAAUUUUUCAGAGGACCUCUUUGUUUAAGCAUUAACAUUACCUUUCGUACUGGUGUGUUUGAGCUUGUUUUUGUGAAUCUGUGAUAGUACUGUUUGUUCUGUGAGCUGGAAGCAGAAGAAGAAAACCUUCCCCCUUGGAUCCCCGUAGCCAAUAACUGGAAGAAAAUGAUGUGAAUUUCAUGUACAUGACCAGAGGAAAGAGGGUGUGGGGCUGGUUUCUAAGCUAGCCCUUUUUCCUCUGGUUCACCUGGUGGAGGAGCUGUGGUCUGGCCUUUUCUG